CACAUCCACACCCAUCUACCGCACCAUAAAUGUGGGGGACUCUACACACCAAACAGUGCGCUUAAUUGGGGCUGAAGAGGUGGAACUCCUGCACGUUCUUGACCGUGUCCAUCACCGCCGCAGCGGUCCCGCACACACACACAGUCGUGCCAGCCGCCAGCUCCACACAGCACACCACCCUCUCUACCAGAGAUAUCUCACGCCAAUAAGCGCGAAGGUACAACAUCACCUGCACACCGAGACACACGCACACGCAUGUUUUUGUUAGUGUGCGUCUCAGUUGUACGUGCCUGCUCACCGGGAAGAUGAAGGUCAGCUGCGUGAUCCCCCACGCACCGAUAAUACUCGCGAUGUCGCCGAAAAACGGCAGCAUUUGUGCGAAGAACAGAGCGAGAGCCAGGACGCCACACCGCAGCAACACUCGCGUCACGCCAGCAUUCACCGACACCCACUUGCCAUUGCCGUCCUCUCUGUCGGUGGCACUUGUUUCUAUGUCGUCUUUUGCACUCUCCGCGGCUGCCGCCGCUGUCGUGGGCACAAUGGCUCCCUUGUGUGGGCUGUAGGUGAGCUGCGUCCUGAAGGCAUCGGCCCAUCGGGUGGGGAUGCUGAGAGCGAUCUCUAGGUUCAGACACAGAGGCGUCUGGCACAACACCUGGUCCGCCGUUGACAUGAGAAGGAUCUAGACCAACACACAUAAAGCAGAGCACAGAGCUGACUGGCCAUUAUUUCCGCGAUUUUCGUUUCGCCUGCGUCUCUCGCUUACCAUCAGGAGCAUGCUGAGUACGAGGGGCUGACCGCUGUCCUCUUUGAGGGCGUCGAUGUAUGCGGGGGGCACCGACGCCCCGAAAGCGGCGUAGCCCAUGAACGCCGUCAGCAUGUUGAGCACAAGGCCCAGCCCACAGAUGAAAGUCACCACACCCUCAAAAUGCCCCGGAUGGCGCAUUUCGCGCACCAGCUCAGGGAACAGAAUGUGACCGCCGAAACCUGCAGGAUCAAGACACAAAGACACAGACAUAUUGACAUGUCGUGGUUCUGAUGCACUUCGUCAUCGCAUCAAUCACCGCACCGGUGAGGAUGUUGGCCACGCCGAGGAACAGUGUCCUGAACGAUCUCACGUCUGUGUUGUUGACGGCCACCACAGAAGGCUCAAUGCUCCCCCGCUGCCACAGCGCAUAUGCCGGCAGCACCAGGUUGGCCCCGCUCGCCAGAAGACCAGCAGACGACAUCAGCGCCCCAGCAUGGAAGGUCGGCACGAGCAGAGCCAACGCCAGGUAGAUGGCGAAGGUGAUGUACCGCCACUGCGCGCCGUUCAGCCGAACGCCAAUAACCUCCUCAGGGAAAAUGAGGGAGAACUGCGUCUGCUGGAAGAUCGUGUUGCCGACGCAGUAGACGAACAGCUGGAAGAUCUGCACGAAGCCGACGAAAGAGGCGAACCGUGGGCCAUACAGGCUGACGGCAAGCUCUCUGUAACUGCCAGCACAACGCGUCUUCACCUCCCCAUUCUCCGCCUCUUCUUUGUAGAGCGUCGUGUCCUUGCAGAGCCUGCCCAGCAUCAGCCCCGUGUGCCAGCUAUAGAGCGCCGACAAGACAAACAACACAAGGGAUGGCAGCCAACCGAGGAAUGCCACAGCCCAGGGCAACAGAUACGGCCAGUAGAGGAACAAGAGAGAUUCCACGCACGCGUAGCCCGACGAGAGGUGCCGGGCCACGCCGGCGUUGCCCGCCUUGACCGUGUCGUCAUCACAAUCCGUUGCAGCCACCGGCUUGUUGGCCCUCAUUCUGGCCGCAAGGUUCUCGUUGAGAUGGUAGUCGGUGAAAUCCACGUGAAGGUCUGGGCCGUGGGCAGGCGCCGUGUGUGAGGCUGCUCUGCGGGGGGAAUGGUGGGCUGGCAAUGGCAGCGAGGUGGACGGACUGGCAGCAGCCUGGGAGCUGUCGGUGUCAAUCGCGCCAUCUCGACUCUGAGCUUCCAUGUCGUUGUGCACUGGAGGGCCCCUGCCGCAGAUCUGUCGUCGGAUCUUCUCGUGAGGUCUUUCGGCCUCGUGAGUUGGUGCUUAGCUGAUCAUCUUGCUGCUGCUUCAACCUCGGAGGAGUAGGCCUUUCUGCUUCUCCUUCUC